UUUUGAGGGCUCGUCUUUCACAAGAGGCGUUGCUCUUCGUCUGUAGCGCUUCUCUGCGAGCAAAACACAAAUUUCCGCUUCCUGCAACGGUAAACAAGUAGAGCAACUUAAGAGUUUGACGGUGAACGGCGGGUGCGACUGUCGCGAUCAGCAGAACCGAGCCUCGGUCCUCGUGGACGGAUGAUUGAGCUGCAGUAGAGGAUCGGUGCUCCGACAAACCGUUUUAUUCGGGUUUUCUUCAUUGUUUCCAAACAUAAGGUUCCUCCAGUAUGUCGGAUCGGGGAGGGCUCCCGAGGACUGGAGGCGUACCGUCUCCGCAGCCCUCCAAACCGGUGGCGAUCACCUCCAAUCGGCCGGUGCACAUGAAUCUGUACGCCACCUGGGAAGUGGACCGAUCGUCCCCGAGCUGCGUGCCGAGGCUCUUCAAUCUGACUCUGAAGAAGCUGGUGAUGCUGAAGGAGCUGGAUAAAGAUCUGACGUCUGUGGUCAUCGCUGUCAAACUGCAGGGCUCGAAGCGAAUCCUCCGUUCCAAUGAGAUCGUGUUGCCAUCGAGCGGUCAAACAGAGACAGACCUGCAGCUCACCUUCUCCUUACAGUACCCACACUUCCUGAAACGAGACGCCAACAAGCUGCAGAUCAUGCUGCAGAGGAGGAAGAGGUACAAGAACAGGACCAUCCUGGGCUACAAGACGCUGGCGCUCGGCCUGAUCAACAUGGCCGAGGUGAUGCAGCACCCCACGGAGGGCGCUCAGGUGCUGGGUCUGCACAGUCAGCUGAAGGAGGUGUCCGUCCCGGUGGCUGAGAUCCGGGUCUAUUCUCUGUCCAGUCAGCCCAUCGACCACGAGGGACCCAAAGCCAAGAUGAACGAUCGUUCUCCAGACAUUGAUAACUACUCUGAGGAAGAGGAGGAGAGCUACUCGUCUGAGCAGGAGGGCAGCGACGACCCUGUUCACCCUGUCCAUUAUCUCGAUGAUGAAGAGGACGAGGUGAGGAAGAAGAAACCCAGACGCAAACUUACUUCCAACGCCUCUAUUACCAGACAACCGAACAUCAAGCAGAAGUUUGUGGCUCUGCUGAAGAGGUUUAAGGUGUCAGAUGAGGUGGGUUUCGGGCUGGAGCACGUGUCCCGGGAGCAGAUCCAGGAGGUGGAGGAGGAUCUGGACGAGCUCUAUGACAGUCUGGAGAUGUACAACCCCAGCGACAGUGGACCGGAGAUGGAGGAGAACGACAGCAUCCUCAGCACUCCCAAACCCAAGCUCAGGCCGUUCUUCGAGGGAAUGUCCCAGUCGAGCUCUCAGACGGAGAUCGGGAGCUUGAACAGUAAAGGCAGUCUGAACCGAGAGCCCUUCAGCCCCAGUGAUCAGCCGGCGUCAGAUAAGCUCAGACACUCUCGGAGCCGAACCCUGGACGAGCCUCUGUCUGAGACCGACACACUGGAACUGACCGAUCAGGAGUUGUUCAGUGAUGUCGGACCGUCUAUAACAGUGUCUGUGGCUGAAAAACCACGAACACCCUUAAAAACCAGCAAGAACGAGCUUCAGUCCUUGCCGUCACCCAGAUUGGACGGAGGACAAACACCCCGUAAGCGCUGCACUCCUGUGAAAGAGCGUCAGCUCUCCAAACCGCUGAGCGAACGAGCCAACAGCUCCGACAGCGAGAGAUCUCCUGAGCUCGGACACAGCACACAGGUCCUCAGGAAGGCUGUCUAUGAUCAGUUGAAUCAGAUCCUGUUUUCUGAUGCUGCUCUUCCUGAAAGUCUCAUCUUGAUCAAUGGCACAGACUGGCAAGGACAGUAUGUUGCGGAGCAGCUUCAGCUUCAGAAGCAUCCUGUGGUCUGUACGUGUUCUGGAGCAGAGAUCCAGGCCGUUCUCUCGGCGCUGCUCACUCGGAUACAGAAGUUCUGUAACUGUAACUCGUCGAUGCCGCGGCCGGUGAAGGUGGCGGUGGUCGGAGGUCAGAGUUAUCUGGGAUCAGUGCUGCAGUUCUUCGUCACUCAGCUGGCCAACAAGACGUCUGAUUGGCUCAAUCACCUCCGCUUCCUGGUGGUGCCUCUAGGUUCUCAUCCUGUUGCUAAGCACCUGGGUGCCCUUGACAACCGUUACAGUGCAGCCUUCCUGGACGGAGCCUGGAGAGACACAUUCAACCGAUCAGAGCCACCGCAGACAGAUGCGGUGGACGUGGCUGCGCGUGUGUCUCAGUACAUCAGCGGAGCGGCUCUCACACACCAGCUGCCCAUCGCUGAGGCCAUGCUGACCUGCAAACACAGAACGAGAGAUGAAGAUUCCUACCAGAAAUUCAUUCCCUUCAUCGGGGUGGUGAAGGUGGGUUUGAUUGAGCCUGGCCAAUCAUCAGCAGUUGACCCUGAAGAGGGCGUGGCUGUGAGUUUAGCCGUCCCCUCCACGUCUCCGCCCUCUCACGGCUCACCCAGCAGUCUGAAGGAGAUGGCCACGCCCCCCUCGUCUCCGUCCAUGGGCGGAGGUUUGGCUGUGCAGGGGAGUCCCAGCAUGCCUCACGGCGGGGACGCCAUCGGUCUGCAGGUGGAUUACUGGCUGGCGUCUCUGGCGGAGAAGCGGCGCGAGGGCGAGAGGAAAGACGCCAGCAAUAAGAACACCCUGAAGAGCGCCUUCUGGUCACUGCAGGUCAGCCGUCUGCCAGGAGGAGGAGCCAGCGAGCCACAGGCGCCGCUCAACACUAUGGCCAUGACCGUGGUCACCAAAGAGAAGAACAAGAAAGUUCCCACUAUUUUCCUGGGGAAGAAGCCUAAAGAGCGGGAGAUGGACUCUAAGAGUCAGGUGAUCGAGGGCAUCAGCCGGCUCAUCUGCUCCGCAAAACAGCAGCAGACCAUCCUGAAAGUCUCCAUUGACGGAUGCGAGUGGAACGACGUGAAGUUCUUCCAGCUAGCCGCUCAGUGGCCGACUCACGUCAAGUACCUUCCGGUGGGACUGUUCGGCUACAGCAAACCGCCCUCCUAGGACGGCCCACUUUCUUAACCCCGCCUCUUCAACCUGCAGCCUACAUCCCAUCGCACACCGCUGAAGAACGCUGGCCAAUCACAGCUGAGAUGAGACCGUCUCUGGUGGGUGUGUAGGUGGAGUUGAAGACGUUCGAUUCGGCGGCUUCGCUAGACUUUUAUCAGCGCUAGUCACUUUUAUUUAUUAAAGGCCCCAGAGCCACACAUGGGGGCCAAGCACAAAAUUGAGAGACACCACCUGGUGAUGACGAUUUAACAGCAUGCACCGCUUCAAUCACACUGGACACCCCUAAAUAUAUCCCUUGAUGUACCUGACCUCUUUCAUCAUCAGCAUCUAUCAAUACAUGCAGUUUAAGUCUUGCUCAAAUCUACCAUGGUAACUGUACUUAACAGCUUUCGGAAUCUUUCUGUUGCUUAGUAACUAUGGAAUUUUGGCAGAAACUGUGGUUGCCAUGGUAGAUGUUUGUAAACAGAGAUUCAAACAUGAAAAAAGCACCAAUGAAUAUUCCAAAACUAGCAAAGUUCCUGCCUUUAUUAAAGGGGUGGAGUUAAACGCCAGUUUUUACAUUGGAGGCGGGGCUACAAGGUGCCCACUAGCCAACUGACGAGAUUUCCUAAAAAUCAUCUUUUGCAUAGUUUUAUUCUUCCAGGCGACGAAAUCUGAAACUGCGUUGUUGCAUGUCUUAAACUACAUCACCCAUAAUGCACUGGCAAAGUUAACAUCCAGUCUACAUAUACAGAAGGUUAUUGGUUCACAUUGGUUAAUCUCUGUUAACUAGAAUAUACUAAUUCAAUUUAGUUUUAGAUUUAUUUAUGUCAGUUAUCAUUUUUAUUUUUUUAAGUGACCUUUUAGCUUAAACAUGUAGCUCAUCUACAGGUUUUAUUUCUUUCCAUAAAACAACUCCAAAGAUCUCUGGCCGAUCAGAAUGUAAACGUUACGGGACAGAACGAGUCAGUCAUCUUUAUAACCUGGGCAAAGGCAAUGAUUUCAAGGUGGAACAAGGCCUGAUGUAGAGGCUGGGCGAGCGUGGAGGUGAAGAUGACACCGAAUAACCCAGCAGAAUUAGGGAAGAUGUAGUUUUAGAGCUUUUCUUUUUGUUUCUUGUGUGCAUCUUUACAGCUGGAAGCUGGUUUGCAAGGGUUUCAUCAGUUGUCAAAUGCUAUGCACUUAACUUGGCCUUCAUUUCUUCACAUCUUCGUCCAAAGCACAAGAAACGGAUCAGCUCCUCGUACAGAACGCUCAAUUAAAACAUCAUUCACAAACACUACCUUUACACACUGCGAAAAUACCAGUUUCUUCAUUUUUUUUUAGUCUCAUUUUGUUUCUUUUUUUUUCAAAAAUCUGAACAUAUUUAAAUUAAGACACAUUUACUUGAGAAGCAAAAUGACUUAAGAAGUAAAGUCUUGGUUUCUGAACGAAAAAUGAUGAAGAUAAUGAACUUUUUUUCUAGUUUAAAGCAUGAAAUCAUUUUCAAGAAAACACAACUUGAUAUAUUAAGUACUUUUGCGCUGUGAACAAAACAUCAGAACUGAUCUGAGAUCAGUAAACAUCCCUUUAUUUUCUAGCUGGAGCGUGUUACAUUACUGCUAAUGGCAGCUUUCACAAGUAACGUGCUUUUAUCUGUCUAUAACUUCUGUGAGUGGUACAGUAGGUAAUGCAACUAACAAAGCGUCACUAAAAUGUGGUUUUAAAAUAAUAACAAACUUAAAAACUAUCUAUGAGCUGUUGUUGUGCCACAGUAAGAGUGAAGCCAGUGUGUGUAGUGUGUGUUGGUUCAUGCGAGUGUGUGUUUGUGGUGUUCACUAUACAAUAUUCACGGCACAAGAUUCAGCGUGUUUCCACCCAUUGCAGCUUGAAAUGCUUGAAAUGCUGAUGAAUUAUUAAUAUACAGUGAUUGUUACAUAAUUAAUCUGUUGAACUCCUAAUAUCAUUAUUCAUUCACUUUCCAACUGAAAGAGUGAAUCUCACAAACAUGUCAUAUUUCACCACAAAAAUCAGAAGAAAAAAAUAUGAAAAUAUAUGUUGCUUCAAGAAAACCCGCCCAAAUUUAGGACUCGAAUUUAGGAUUAAGGCUUUGUGGCAUUACUGGACUAAUAUUUAUUACAGAUUAUAUAAGUUUUAGUUGCAUUAAGUCUAUUAUAGUUGCAUUUGUUUGCAAUUUAGUUAAUUUUUGCAUUACAGCCAUUUUUAGUAAAAUAUAUACAGUAUAUUUAAUUGUUUCUUUUGAUUUUUGAGCUAAUAUAUGACCUGGAUGUGAGGCUCUUUCUUAAGUCAUGUUUUCUGGAAUUUUUUUUUUCUGUGGUUAAAAGUAUUAAGAACAACAGAGUAUUAAAGUAACGAUGGGUCAGUUCGGUUUGUAUUUGUUCCUGCUUCUUACAGAGAUGUUUAGCAAUAGUUUUGAAGUGUGUGUUUUUAGUGUGUGUGUGUGUGCAUUAAAUGCAUCUCUCCUUUUUAUGCCCAUAUUUUUAGAUUUAUUUUUAUUUUAGUUAAUGUUGGUCAUCAGUACCGCACUACUGGACAAAUAUCCUCACAUGAAUGAUUUUCCUAUGGCAGAUAUGUUCUUACUAUGUUUUAUGUAGUUGUUCAAAUUGCAUUUUAUUAAUAUCUUUGUGAUCUAAAUAUGAAGACACAUACUGUGGCUGUCAUAACAGCUGCAAGUAAUACUUUGAGUAUUUCAGUUUGUCCAGAGGGUUUUACAGCCUUGUCGAGGCUUUGGUCAUUCCUCAUUGGAUCGAUGAGCUUUGGUCAUUCCUCGAGCAUGGCCCCUAAAGCUUAGAGACCUUCUAGAAAAGCCCCCCGUAGAUGUUGAGCCUAUAAAGAGAAAAACCCACGCUGAACUACUUCAAAUAUCUGUGCUGUUGUUACACUUGCUGUCCGUGUUUUACGCAUGCAUGAUGGCAAAUACACAAACACUUGCAGAAACCUUCACACGAAGUGUUUUGAGUUACAAUAAAUAAAUAAAUGCAAUGAUUUCGGAGUCCAGGUUAAAUUUUGAUAUGGAUAUGCAUUGAAUGGAAAAAUGAGGGGCAAAAAGAGUGUCACUGCCAAAGAGUGUCAGCUGUUACAUUUUUUUGUGUGUGUGUUUUUUUGUGCAUGGAAAAUGAUUUUCAGUAUUUAUGGAGCAGUCUGGAAUGGGAAUGGGAAGUACCAAGUUUUCUGACUGAUUCAUUUCGAUAUUAAAGAGCGUUUCCAAUCGUUUCACUUGAACAUGGACGGUCUCUUUCUGCGUGUGUCGUGUGGAGUCUGGUCUUUGUCCUCGUACCUCUGUAUCUGCACCUGUGUUGAGUUGUCAUGUGAAAGAUCAACAACAUGAAGAGGAUUCCAGCAUUCUGAUUGGUCGACUAAUUCUCGCAAUGGCCAAUCAGAAUGCCGUUCGUCCGCUUCAGAUAUUUCUUCUCAAUGUAAUCAGUUGGAGAGAUAAAAUGCCUGAAUUCCACAAGCUCCGGCUUCAAACCCAGAGUUAACCUUCUGUGUAAAGUAAAUCACUGGUUCAUAUUUAGUCGUGGAAGAUGGAGAAGCUGAGCUUGUGGAUGGGAUAAGUAUUUUUGCACAUGCAUUUAUUAUCUUUUAGCAGUCUUCAGCUCUGCCUUUUUGCCUUUAGACAAAAAUGCUUGUACAUAUCCAAAGUGCUUGUAAUAUGAACUCAUGUCCCUUUAUUGUGUUCUUUUUUUAUUUGACAUGUUUUUGUAGUACUGCUUUUUCAUAAUUGAGUUGUCAAUCAAUAGAUGUGGUAUGGACAGUGGAAGUGUUACUUGUAUUCUUUUUUUUAUUUAAUAAACACCUGAUUUGUAAAUUC